GUGAAAGCCAAGAGACAGGGUUGGAUGGCCUCCUACCCCUGGCAAUGAAGAACAAGGAAGCGCUAGCCGAAAGCCCUGGCGGUUUUGAAAUUGCCUGCAUCUCCCGAGUAGGUGUGGCACGCCGGGACCGCUCCGUGCGAAAGCCCGUCUCUAACGCGGUGAAAGAGCCUCAGAGAGCCGGGGUCGACGUGUCGGAUCAACAGCUUACCUAGGACCAGGUCACUUGAAUCAAGGAAUCUCCAUCACUUGGAUCAAGAACAGGUGGCUUUCAAAGAGAGCGACUCCAGGCAGCGACUGUUGACGAUUGGCAGGUGACCCACUCCCACUCGACAAGCAAAUUGCUGAAAAGACUCUUGGGCAUCACCCGCUUUGUCACUGAAUUCACGUCUGACGAGCGCAGCCCUGCCUCAGAUGGCUAGCAACAACACCGCCAGCAUAGCGCAAGCCAGGAAACUGGUGGAACAGCUGAAGAUGGAGGCCAACAUCGACAGAAUAAAGGUAUCCAAAGCAGCAGCAGACUUGAUGGCAUACUGCGAAGCUCACGCCAAGGAAGACCCUCUAUUGACUCCUGUCCCGGCUUCAGAAAACCCCUUUAGAGAGAAGAAGUUCUUCUGUGCAAUCCUGUAAACCCUCCAGGAGCCUGCCGAGCCUCGGGCACCCUGAACACUGAUGUAGAGUUUUUAGCAACGUGGACAACUUUCCAGUCCACAGAAUUACAUAAUAAUAAUUAAAAAAAAGAGUCCCGGAAGCUACAGAGAUGUGUGUGUUUAAAGAAACUGGCCACCUUUUUGGGGAACAAGAUGACCUACAUCGUGAGGCUACAGAUCUGAAGUCUGCAGAGAUGCCUAGAGAGGGGGAAAAAAUAUAAAGAUUCAAUUUGUGUCACUUUUCUGCUCACAAAAAUAGUUGUUUGUUCCAUAUUUGAAAAAAAAAAAAAAAAAAGGAGACAGUUGUGCAGAGCAAAUUCAAUGCUAGGGACGUGUAUAACCGUAUCAGAAUGACUAUAUUUUUGUUCAUUUUUUUGCAAGUGUUUUUAUUUAAGUUGAAUUGUCCAAUAUAUAUAGCAGCCGCCUAGAUGACUACGAUGCUACUUAACGUACGUUCUUGUGCUUUUCUCUUUUGUUCCUUUUUUUCCCCCCCAUUAGAAUAGCACAGAGAUAGACUGGAACUGGAUUUAUGACUGCUUUCCAAAAUUGAAAAAAAAAAAAAAGAAUUAAAUGGAGGAGUUUAGCAAGGCCGUAGCCAAUGUUACUUCCCACUUUGCGGUAUAAAUGCUGGCUGUCUAUGUGUUCCUAGCAAACUAUAUUACCACAGGUCUAACAUUUGUAUAUGGUAGCUUCCAUUUUGCAAGUAAAAGUAAAUUGUGUGUUGUGAUCGGUGCUUCAUGUUUUUGUGACUACUCGCAGGUCGUAGUGCAUGAAGAUAUUCCCUAGGUUCCCUCCACGUAGAGUUUUCUAUUGCUUGGUGCCACGUGCUGGUGGAAGAAGCUGUAGAGAGAAAACCAGAGGAGGUCCUGAAAGCAAAGACAAGACUACAGUGAUGCCUUAGCCAUGCCUGAAAUACCUCUUGUGUUAUAAUAGGGUUGCCAGCGAUUCUGAAGCUCAGUCCUGACUUCAGUAUAGUGUAGGAUCCCCGGAGUCGAGCAGAUCCCGCUGCCAAGGGCACGUCUUAUUUUGACUGGGUUUCUCCACUCCUUCCCUUUCUCCCGCACCUCUCCACCUGUUGCCUUUUACCUGUUUCUCGGCUCCUGUAUCGCAGGGUCCAGGUGAAUCUUCCCCGGCGGCGUCUCCUCGCAGAGCCGGCGCACCCUGCGCGGCAGCAGGCAGGCUGGUGAGCAGGACCGAGCGCAGCUUCGUAGAGCGGGCCGCAGAUGGACAGCAUUGGGAGCUUGCCCGCCCGCCCGCCCGCGCGCGGUUCUCGGCUGCCGUUGUGUUGUCCUCCGCGAGUCUCUCUUUCCCCCGAUCUGUUGGCACAACUCCCUCUGCCGCCUCAUCUGCGCGACUAUUUUCCUUCCUCCCCCAGGGAUUAUUCAGAGAAUGUUGCUAGCAACAUACAGGCCCCCGCAGUCUGUCUUCAAACAACAGCAGCGUGCAGAUGGGAAGGAAGCGGGUGAAUGGGAGAAGAGUGAGAAAAGCCUUGACCGGGGGCCGGUUUCGUCCCAAGUGGCCAAAUUCGGACAUUUAACGUGGCAGUGUAGUCGCUUGCGCGCUUCUUCUCCAGGCAGCACUUUCUGCAUGGUCUCCGCCUUCUUCGGUUGUUGCUUUACCACUUAAUCCAGAUGUAUGCACAUCUGUAACACCUAAGCAGAUGCAUGCACAGUGGUAGGCUUCGCGAUCCCCGCUGUUACGGGGACACGGCUAGCCAGGCAUCCAAAGGAGAUGGGGCUCCCUUCUCUGGCAGGUGCACCUUGCAAAUCAAAGAGGUCAGACUGAUGGGACGGCAGCAGCGCCCAGUGCUGUUGAUCUGCCGCCUGGCAUUGGUAGGAGCGUUAGGAAAAUAAGGGUCCUGUCUGCACCGGUCAGACCUCCCCUGGAGCACCGUGUCCACUUUUGAGCUGUCCACUUCGGGGACCCUUACUGUCCACUUCGGGGAGGGUGGAAAGAGCAACAACCGUGGCCUGGAAAGCCAAACUUAUCAGAAAAAGCUGCAAGAGCUAGGAUUAGUUAGUCUGGUGAUCAAAAAGCUGAGGGGGGAAUUUGAUAACAGCUUUCUAAUACCUGAAGGGCAAUGAGAGAGGAUGGAAAUGAGAGUUUUCUGUGUGCCCGUCAGGGACCGGGCUCUGAGCAAUGGACUCGGGCUGCAACAGGGGAAACUGAGGCUGGAGAUGAGCAGCUUUCUGACUCUGAGGGUGGGCAAGCACUGGGACAGGCUGUCCAGGGAGGUUGUGGGAUCUCCAACUGGGGACGCUUUCAAGAUCAGGUUGGACACUUGGUGGGAAUGGUCGAGUCAGGGAUGAUCCUUCCUUGAGCCGGGGGCUGGACUAGAUGACCGCGUGACAUCCCUUCCAGCCCUCCUUCCCGCUGGAUCUGGAGAUGAUCAUUUUAGGAGCAUAGAAAAGGCAGACAACUCAAUAAGAUCACUCUAUUUAGCUUAGCGAUCUGGACACAUCCAGGCCAAACUUUUCAGUUGGAGGUCUGCUUAAAUAUCGAAGGGAUCAAAACAGAUGCAUCUUUACCUUGUUCGGAGUCUCUCCGCUGCUAAAAAAUGCAUCGUGGCCUGAUGUCAACCCGCCUCGACGCUGAGCGGAACAGAGACGAGGUUUGCAAGGCUGUGCUUUUCAUUUGGUGCCGUAGUCCUUGCGUGUCGUGCGACGCCAGGCUCUCGAGGCAUUUCCCCACGGGAUCCGCAAGCCCGCAGGUAGACUUUAGGACGGAGCAGGAUCGAUGGCAACCCUGUUAAACAGCAGUUCCAAAUCAGGUGUGAAUGAAAACUCUUUUUUUAUUUCAAAGGGCAAUAGUCUUUUAGGUACCUUUCUGCAAAUCUUUAUAGCCCGAUACAAAGUGCAUUUUUUGCUAACUUUUCAUACUCUUAUAGCCUUCUGUACAGACAGAGUCUUUUCUGUAUAGAAGACUGGUUAUUCUAACACUGGACUCUGUUUUUUUUGGCAUCCGGGAAUAUUUGUACAAUUCAGCGAUUAGCUAAAUGAUGUCAGACUUCCCCUGGUAGCUUUCGAUAAAAGAACCCAUAUUUCCAUCUUUAUACUGCAUUCCCGAGUAGCUUAGGUUCCUCUAGAAACAGUUGAACAGUGAAUAACUCUACAGCUGGUUUCACUCGUGGUGUUAAAGUGUAAAUAUAUUGUAACCGUUCUUUUUUUUUAAUUCUGAAAUCUUCUAUAACUGACAGUGAAGCACAGCCGAAGCACUCAAGGCCCCUAAUGUCUCACUAAUGCCCUUCCAGUACUCCAAGCCCGUAAUGAAGGAGCUCGUCAUAACUUUUUAAUGACCGGCAUAUUUUACGGCUUAAAAAGAAAACAACCCACUGCAUGAAAUGUGUAUGAGAUUUUAAAUGACUCUGAAACCUUCCUUUGAGAUGUUCUUGAUUGAGUUGGAAGCUUUGGUUUUCUUUUCUCUUUUUUUUUUAAUAGCGAGCUGGGCAGGCAGCCAGAAAGUCUGUCCCUAGUGCAGUGCGGGGGCUAACCUCUUUGGCAGGCAUGCCCCAGAUGAAGCCCUGCAGCCACCCCAAGUGCCACGCUGCUCCUCUUCCCCUGCCCGAUCUGCUGCUCUGCUUUCUGCUCCCUGUCCUGUGCUCCCUGCCCGAGCUGAUGCUUUGCUCUCUGCCCGAUCUGGCAUGUGUCCUAACACAGAAGCUGCCCGGGCCACAGGUUGGCCACCACUGCCCUCGUUUUUAUAGGUACAGAUUAUCUACCAGGAAAUUCUCCCCCCGUAUGCACUAAAAUUUGUAUCUCCCUAUUGAAAAAUCCAGUGACUUUGUAUUCUCAACAUGGUAGGCGCUUACUGAAGGCUGUUGUGGGGUUUCUUUUUGUUAAAAAAAAAAAAUCGAGUACUGGCAUGUGACUUAUUUUUCCCUGCACUCUUUGUUCAGGGCAGCGGUGAGUUGCUCCGUGCACACAACAUCAUCACCAUCGGAUAGGCCGCCCAUCUUCGACAAAAGAAGUGAUUUGUUUGGGGGGGCGGGGAGGGGAGGGUAAGUGUCAGGGUUUUUUCCUCUUUUUUUUAUUUAAACAGGGAAACUUGAACUCGUGACGUGCGCACUCUCAU